UACAUGCACACUACAUUGGAGGAGAUUCUUCUUUCCUAAGUAGGAGUAUAAAUCGAAAAGAAAAGUUUUGUUAUGAUAAAUAUAAUUUAACAAGUAAAAAAUUUAUUUGUGAAAAUUUUGGCUGGCCGUGAAUUAUUUACACAUUUUUGUGGGUAAAGUGUGAAAAUAUAUGGAAACAGAUACUGCCAUUAAUGUGGAAAAUCCCAUAUAAGAUGAACAGCUGGGAUUUUGUUGUUGAAUAACAAACAGCUGGGAUUGAAGUGAAGUGGGGGCGGUAAAAGGUGUAAAAAGUGAGAAGUGAGAAAAAUAAUACUUGCGAAGUUGCAAGUCGCUAAAAGCCAAAACCAACAUCCAAAACCAGCAGUGUUACUUUCGUUUUAUACAAAAUAUUUUAUAUAAUUUUAUAAAUUAUCAACCGAGAGAAUUCAUAUAUACAGACAAAGACAAUGACAGGGCAAGAAAAAUGGAAAGUCUCUCACCGUUGAAACAGAGGAAAACAUUAAAUACCUUACGAACUUCAGUUGGGUUUUUGAUGUUGUAGUUCACAUAAUUCUUAUUUAUUAUAUCCAACAACCGCUCUCUUCUUCCAUUUUUUCGUCACCUACUCUCUCUGUUUUUUUUCUUCCCUUUGUUUUUUUCUCUCUCUUUCUCACGGAAAAAGAGAAAAAUUUUGAAGGAAGAGACCAGAGGGGACUCUUUGAAUACUCUGUUUCUGUUCAUACAAUGCUUUGUUUCUUUGCUAAUAUGCUGUUUUCCCGGAAAAGUUGUUGACUUUUCAAUCUGUUUUCCCUCAGUUUCCGGGAGAACAAAUUUCUGGGUUUUGUUCAGAGUUCAAUUUCCCAAGAUGGGUAAUCGAUUUAUAUGCAUGUCAAAGAAGGAUACGAAGGAUAAUGGAUCGAGAAGUAAGAGGAUAAAUCGGUCACAAAGGAAACUUCUUGCUGAGGAGGAGUUCUUGCACAAGCAAGCUCUGUCUAUGGCUCUUAAUCAGCACCAGUUGUCUCAGAGGUUUGAGGGAUCGAUGUCAAGGAGGAUUGGGUCCACCAGCUCCCGGAGGCACAAUUUCUCAGAUCCAUUAUCUAAUGGAAAACAGGCACCAGACUUCCUAGAGAAUAUCAAAUCAAAAAAAUUUAUUCUAAUACACGGAGAAGGGUUUGGAGCAUGGUGUUGGUAUAAAACAAUUGCUUUGCUGGAAGAAACAGGAUUAAUUCCGAUUGCAUUUGAUCUCACGGGGUCUGGUAUUGAUUUGACGGAUAGCAACGCUGUUACUACAUUGGCGGAGUAUUCAAAACCAUUGAUUGAUUAUCUACAAAACCUUCCUGAGGAUGAAAAGGUUAUUUUGGUUGGUCACAGUAGUGGAGGUGCGUGUCUCUCUUAUGCAUUGGAGCAUUUUCCACAAAAAAUCUCAAAAGCAAUUUUCCUCUGUGCUACCAUGGUAUCCGAUGGCCAGCGACCAUUUGAUGUAUUUGCAGAAGAGGAUGUUGCUUUGGCCAUGGUGUCGAUGAGACCUAUUCCGCUAGGUCCUGUCAUGGAGAAACUGUCCUUGUCCGCUGAAAAUUAUGGAACUGGACGGAGGUUUUUCAUCCAGACACUGGAUGAUCGUGCUCUCUCACCGGAUGUCCAAGAAAAGUUAGUGAGAGAGAACCCACCAGAAGGAGUGUACAAGAUAAAAGGCAGUGACCACAGUCCAUUUUUCUCAAAGCCACAAUCAUUGCAUAAAAUUUUGGUGGAGAUUGCUCAGAUUCCAUAGCUGGUAACAUCAGAGUGUUUAUUUUUCUUAUUUUCUCUUCUUUUUUUAUUUUUUAUUUUUUUCUCUUUUUUCAAAAAUAGCUUUCCUCAUUCCACUACAGAAUACGAAGAAUAGUUAAUUAUUGGAUGGCCAUGAUUGUAUGUAGGAGAACGUGGUGGCCAAAUUGUUUGUUAUAUUCAAUUUCUUUGUAUACAGACAGUAAAAUGUGUUUCAACUUUCUAGACAUAGCAGAAUCAUGUUCAAUGUGUUCCACUCAGACUAUGACUGAAGAGGAUAGUUUGAUUGACUUCAUGUGUAAAAUUCAUAAUUUUGCAUAUGCUUCAUGUGCUUUGAAUUCGGAUCC